AUGGCUUUGGAGGUGCAAUCGCUUGCCUUGAAUGCCCUUACGAAGCGUAUUCAAGAUGAAGCAGAGGUGUUGCCGGAUGGCAUCUUACGGGUCGCUGAUUUCCUGAAUUACAGGGUGGACCCUGUCCUAAUGGACAGCUGCGGAGCGCUCUUAGCAAAUCGGCUGAUGGAUGCAAAGCCGACCAAGAUCCUGGCUGGCUGCAGUAGCCAGGGGCUCCUGCCAGCCGUGGCAGCAUCGAGGCACUUGGAAAUGCCCGUAGUCUUCGCUUAUCCCUCUGUCCCAGAGACUUGGAAUGGUGAUGCCACCUUUUCCGCAACUCUCCAGGGCCGCACGCACUGGGUACUUUCGAGUGCCAUUUGUGCAGAGGACCGGGUCGUGAUAAUAGAUGAUGUCGUCAGCACAGGCACAACAGUCAGUGCUCUGAAAACCAUCUGCGAGAAGGCUGGUGCCAAAGUUGUUGGGGUCGGUGCGAUCAUCCACAACUGCCUUGCAAAUGGUAGGGGCAGUCCCAUUGAAGGAAAGUUCGAGAGCCUGGCAAAGGUUUCCAAGCCCAGUGCAGGAGGCCCUGUGGAUGUAAAGCCUUGCAUUGCCCCUGCGGUCCAGCAGCAACAACUGCCAGAGGUUGUUGCGGCAGAUGUUCUGACGGAGCGAGUGAUGCGAGAGGGGAAGGUGCUACCAGGAAAUCUGCUCAAGGUUUAUUCCUUUGUUAACCAUCAAGUUGACACGCGCUUGAUGGACAUGUGUGGCCAGCUGCUGGCGCGGGUUUUUGCAGGUUUUGGGGUGCAAAAGGUGCUCACAGCCCAAACCGGAGGUCUCCCUCCGGCACAUGCCGUAGCAACGGCCUUGCGUGUGCCGCUUGUCUGUGCCCGGGAGACGCAUGAGAACGAUGAGGUGGUCAUGCAGACUAUGUACAGCGCUCCUUCGGAAAGCUUCACCAAGAAGAAGAAGUUGGUACUUUAUGUUACGAAAGAGGCCUUGCUUCCCGGCGAGGUGGUGUUGGUUGUCGAUGAUUUUCUGGCCACGGGCACCACUGGCGUAGCGCUGCAUCGACUGGUCGAGCAGGCGAAGGCUGAAGUCACAGGGAUGGCUUUCCUCGUCGAAAAACGGUUCCAAGAUGGUCGUGGAAAGAUUCUGCGGGAGCUUCCCCACUUGAACGGCCGCAUCGUAUCACUUGCAUGCAUCGAAGCGAUGUCCACAGAGGGAAUUUCGUUGGACUGCAAGGUGGUCGGUGACUGCAAACCCAUCCAACCUGCAGACGGGAAGGUAAUGAUCAACCGAGUCCUGUCAUCUGCCCAAGGGCAUCAAGGGCGAGGCAUGAUCAAUGCGUCUUCAUUCCUGAACCACGUUGUGGACACGAGGCUCAUGGAUCAGGCUGCCACGCUGCUGGCAAAGCGCUUCGUAGACUCACGGGCAACGGCUGUUCUGACCGCUGAAAUGUCCGGUGUUGCACCAGCCUUGGCUUUGGCAAUACAACUUCGCGUGCCCUUGAUCUGUGCACGCAGGGAGCUGAGCAAGGUUAUGGCAGUCGCGGGUGGCACAAUCUCCGCAAAAGUCGAGGGUAGCACGGAUUCGGCGCGAGGAACUCUUCACAUCUUUCGCGACCACCUGCGAAAGGACGACGCCGUGCUGCUAAUUGAUGAUAUUUUGGGAAAUGGAGCCACGACCAUGGCACUGCAGAACCUCUGUGACCAGGUUGGCGCUACGGUUGUUGGUGCAGGCUUUCUCGUGGAGAAGGUUUUCCAGCACGGCCGGGGCAAAAUAUUGGCUGCGCGACCGCAGAUUUGCGACAGCAUUGUGGCCCUCACGAAAGUCUUAUCGAUGGAUGAUCAAGGGAUGAAAGUCUUCCGCUGCCCUGAGCCUGCGCGAGACACCUGGGUGCGAGUGGCUACUGAUCUCGUCCGGAGAAUGAGCAAGGAAGUUGAGAUCGAUGCGGCAGCAAACGCCAUGAAGUUCAGGUCAGUGUUGGGUCAGCAUAUGAGCAUGGACCCAGUUCUGCUCGAUGCUUGUGGUGACGUGCUGGCUGCGCAGUUUGCCGGAGUCACCAAGGUCCUGACAGGUGCUCCGGUGCAGGGCCUGUCGGUGGCGUACGUCGUGGCCAGGCAUUCCGAAGUGCCGAUGAUCUUCGCCCGCAACACUGUACCGCUGACCAUGAAGGGUCAGCGGAUUCUGAGCGCCCAAGCUCCUACAGGCAUGUUUAACGUCUCCGGCGAGUUCUUCGGCCCAAGCGAUCGAGUUCUCAUAGCGGACGACUUCUUGGCUUCAGGGCAGACGGCGCUGGCGUUGAAGCAGAUUUGUGAGGAGGCCGGUGCGACGAUUGCGGGCUACGCCUUCCUGGCCUUGAAUCGCACGCAACUCGUGGGCCAGAGGCCGGCCUCCGUCGCCCUGAACUCCUCAGGCCGCGAGGCUCUGGGUGCCAAGGUGGUGGUCCUUGCCGAUGUGGUCGGCAUUGCUGCUGGUCGUUGUGAGGUCAAGGUCGCAGAAUGGCUGCAGCGAGCUGCCAGCACUGCUGUGGCUGAGAGUGACGGCCGCCUUCUGGACGGUGUUGCUGUGCGGUUCUUCGAGGGAUCCACUUUGUCCGGUGCCUUCGAUGUCCCAGUGGACUUGAUCGAGGCAGGUCUACGUUGGCCGCGGCCGGCGGGGCCUCGACAGCGGCCGGUGCUCAUCAAGGAAGCUUUCCGAGCUCUGACGAGUCUCUCCGAGCGGCUGAAUCAGAAGGAGCUUCGAAAGCUGGCGACCUUCACAGGCUUUGACGGGACUGAUGAAGAUUGGUCCAAGGAGUAUGCUUCGCUCUGCACGGAGUUCGGAGUGACGGAGGAAGAAGGCCUAGGCCUGGCGGAGUUCUCCAAGCUCGUUGACGACGCAUCGGAGAAGGGCUGCAUCUGCUCUGACGAUGAGCUCCGUGAGCUGAAGCAGCUUUAUGGGGACUCGGACAGUGAAGGUCCUUCAGAAGUUUGGGUCGGGCAUGCCAUCGUGGAGUCGGCCGACAAGUUUGGAGACUCCUUGCAGGUUCGCUUCUACCUUUGCGAGGUAUCCAACACGCUGGGCCUGCCCCAGGAGCUCCGAAGCAAAGAGCCCACGCCAGGCAGGUCGUUUCUGAAGCAGAUAGGACUGAACCAAAGGAUUAAGAUCAAGUUCAAUCUGAGCGCUUACAUUAAGUUGCAGACCUGUCUGCUCGCCGUAGUAUCUGCGGGCAAGAAGCUUUUCGACAUUGACCUCGAUACGCUCACAAAGCCUCCACUUUGGGAGCCGACGCUGGAAGAGUACUUCCCUGGGCAGCGCGGAGAGCGGGACGAAACGGGCCUUCCGAAGCCGGUAGUCCUCACCAAGCCAACUCGAGAAGAGUUCCUCUUCCACGCCCGCCGUGGCUACCCCAUCAUCGUUUCUGAUUGGGCCGACGGGAUGACGUAUGCCGGGUGGACUUGCAAGGAUUUUGCCGAGAAAUUCCCCUUUGGCUACAUGAAGGCCGAGUACAUACAUGACCUUCCUGGGUUUGAUCGCAAGAAACACGAUACAAAGGUGAUCGACGGUGAAUUGCGGUUCAAGUUAGGCUCGUUCAAGCCAGACGGAAAGACCUGGUGGCAUAAUUACUCCAGACCUGCUUCGAAGAAGUACGCGGACGACCCCUUAAAGCCCAAGCGUGGGCCUUAUGUGUGGCACGUCAAGGAUGAGCUCUCAGCGAAGGAGAAGCGGAUUGUGCAACAGCGCUUCGAAGCACCAGCCUUCCUGCAGGAUCCCCUGAACAAAGCAAAGAUGAAUCGGAGCUUCGAGGUCUGGUUCUCUCCAGGAGGGCACUGCGGCGCGGGGGCCCAUGCCGAUGGCUACUGCGAGUCCGUGGUCUCCUUGCAGUUGCGAGGGGACAAAAGAUGGCGCAAGAUGAUGUUGCCGAAGAUGUCUUUUCUGGACUCCUUUGAUGAGUUUGACGGCGGAGUCUACGAGGCCGGAAAGUGGGAGCCCGACCUGGGAUUCUUAAACCAGGAGAAGGCUGCGGUGAUCUGGCCUCCGGGCUACUUGCAUGAGACAUCCACGCUGCCACCGGCGGAUGGGGAGUGCGGCUCCGCCCUGACGCUCCAGUAUGCUUUCCCGCAGCCGGUUCAAUUCCUAAGGGCUUUUCUGCCAAGGCUCUCCUUGUCCGCUGAAGUGGGGCAGUGCGUGGCCAUGGCUUGGUCAGGGUACGUCACGUUUGAGGUUGGCGGAAUCUCGCCCAGCAGUAAAUCCAAGAAGAUGGAGGAGCAACUCCAAAAGAUCAUGCAGCUGGUUGACACGGACGCAGAUGGAGAGAUCACCGUUCAGGAGACGGUUGCUUGGUUCGGGCAUCGGGACUCUCUGGCCUUGAAGCGGCUCCCUGAUCCGGAGUUCAUGAAGCACAAGGAGCUUGUGAUCAGUUUCAAGGCAGAGGACACAGUUGCAUACCACGACAUGAACGAUGACAUGAAAGUGUCGCGCCAGGAGCUGUGGGAUUCGUUGGUGCAGUGGAACGUUGUUCGGGUUCGGGUCACCGAGGGCUUGAAGUUCUUGAACCAAGCAGAUCGCCAGGGAUUGGAGGCACUGGAGCGGUCGCUCGACUACCUGCGCAGGGAGCCCAUCGGGCUCCCGAAGUCCGUCAGGCCAGAGAUGGAGGACAUCUUCCGCCUGGGAAAGGGCACUAAGAUCCUCCCGUCGUUGAAGCGCGUCCACUCCAUCUCCGACUCUGAGUUCUGGAGCACGGCACGGGACGCCGUGGAGGAGAUCAGGUCUCGAAGAGGAGAGCUUUGA